AUGGUGAAUUACCAGGAGGCACAGCUAGGUCAGUCCUUUGAGCAGGUGGCCAAGUUCUUUGCGGACAAAACAGCCAGCCGGGAGGAGGUGAAUCAGGCCUUUUCGCGACUCAUCCGGCUGGAGAACUGUAUCAGAACGGUGACGGAACGCAUACGGGCCAUGGCCGAAAAGCUGGAAUCGGUGGAGGAGGCCAAGUCAGCGAGACCUGAUCGAUUGGCCACUCUCCUGGAGAACAUUGUCUCCUGGUUUCAGAAUGUGGUAGCGGUGGUUGUAAUUAUAAUUGUGCUGCUGGUGUUUGUGGUCGUUGUAUCGGUGAUGGCGGUGGUGCUGGUGCUGAUUGUCAUGGUGAUAGUACCGUUG